AUGACGGGAAGCAGCAGACGAAAGAAUAAACAUCCGAAACGAGCGGAAAACGUGAAAACGGUGGUCGUUGUGAGGAAGGGUGGUGACAGAGAAGAAGAGGGAGACGACGACGACGACGUGGAGCGAUUGCGGAGGAUGCUCAUGUGCGUGCCGUGUGACGAUGAUGUUGUGGAGCAAAAUCAUCAGAUGCGAGAAGAGGAAACGGCUUGUAUUGCUAAAGGAGUGAAGAGGAAGAGAGGGCACGAGUGCGAUGUUUGCGAGAAGGUUUUUGUUACUCCAUCCAAGUUGGCCAGACACAUGCGUAUUCACACGAACGAGAAACCGUACGAAUGUGAUGUGUGCGAGAAGCGUUUUACUCAAUCUGGUGAUUUGAAAACCCACAUGCGUACGCACACGAAAGAGAAACCGUACGAAUGUGAUGUGUGCGAGAAGCGUUUUACUCAAUCUAGUAGUUUGAAAUCGCACAUGCGCAUUCACACGAACGAGAAACCGUACGAGUGUGAUGUGUGCGAGAAGCGUUUUCGUCGAUCUGGUGAUUUGCAAACUCACAUGCGUAUUCACACUCACGAGAAACCGUACGAGUGCGAUGAGUGCGAGAAGCGUUUUAGUCAAUCUAGUAAUUUGAAAACGCACAUGCGUAACUUUCAUUAG